AUGGACCAAGACACCAAGCCUUCACUUGAGGAGGAGUUGUCGUUCGACCUCACUUUUGGUGAGCCAGACCUCAAUGAGCAUGACAUUCAGCUCAAGCGCGAGUUAAUGAUGCGUAGACAGUUCACUAAUGGCGCUGGCGACAUCAACUCGGCACUGACAUCUGCCUCGGCCACGUCGGCAAUGGCUCCAGCCAUCGACCUGACCGCCGACGCCAAAGCCAAGGACAAGCGCACCAGGAGCGAAAAAUCCGACCGACACGCAGUCCUGAUCAGCUCGCGCGGCGACCGGUUCAACCUGGGCCUGCUGCUCAAGCAGCUCGAGGAGUGCGGCCCAGUGCGCGCACAUCACUUUCGUGAUCGACAGAACUUUGGCUUCGUUCAGUUCCUCGACUCAGAGUCAGCAGACAAUGCGAUCGACCGUCUGAAUAACAAGGAGAUCGAUGGACAGCUGCUCCAGGUCGAGAGGAUCAAGCGCAUCACGCCAGGAAAGGACCCACGCUUCAUGGCGGUCGGUUCACCACAGUGCUCCUCGUUGCCCACGCAGCUACCUUCAAUGCUCGAUCACAAGCCCGACUCGACGCUCGUGCUCAAGAACCUGCCAUUCAACUUGAAACAGGUGCAGCUACAAGAGCUGCUAGAGACUAUCAUCCCAGCGGCGCCACAGUCCGUCAACUUCCAUUACGACAAUGUGGGCGUCUUCCGCGGCAUGGCCUUUGUCAAAUAUCGUCUACUUGACGACGCUGUCAAGGUAUUUGACGCGCUGAACGGCGCCGAUGUGCACGGCCGUCGCGUGCGACUCGAGUAUAAGCGCAAGGUGAACAAGUCCAAUGAGGUGCCAGCCGAGGUGCUCGAGGACGAGAAGCUGCGCCGCGCCUGGGAGCAGCUCAAGGAGUUCAAGGACGACGCCGUCGCCAACGAGCUCACCUUCUCCACUUUCACCGGUAUACAAAGGAUGUAUAUCCACAACAUGGCCGAGAAAUUGAAGCUCGUGCACACGUCGGUCGGUGAGGAGCCCAAUCGCUCCAUCAUUAUAACGAAGCAACCAAAGCAGCCCGGUAGCGACAUGCCACAAUUCCUUUCGACGUCGCCCACGUCCUACAUUGGCCAGCCAAUGCUCUCGAGCCAGGCCUCGGCAUCAGCUGCCGCCAACUCCUUUUUAUCAAGCACACCUACCAACUCCUACACACCCCUGUCGUCCACACCGACGUCAUCAAUGUUUGGCAAGCCAAUGGAACAGAUGUCCUCAAGCUUCAACAACAAUCCAUAUCUACGAUCAAUGCCCAUCAACAAUCACAACAACAAUCACAACAGCAAUCACAACAACAAUCACAUGGGCGGUGGUGGCCUCACACACAGCGGCAUGACUGGCAGCACUGGUAUAAAGAUGGGGCACUCCCCUUCGAUCAUGAUCAACGAUUCAAAUAGGAUUGCCGCGUCAUGGGAGAAGUCCCCGCCCAACAGCUUCCUCUCCACCCCUCCAUCGCAUUUCACCACGGGCUUUGGCAUGCCAAGCCGCGACCGCUCGACGUCCGACCUCGACCUGUCCACGUCGCCCAACAACAGCAGUCUGUGGAGCAUGAACACCAGCAUCACUGGCAACAGCAGCAUCAUCAACGGCUUUGGAAGCAUCGGCAGCCUCAACUCCUACAACAACUUUUUGGAGAUGUCCAGCUAUCAAUCCAAUCCCGCACCGCCAAUCAGCAGCAGUCUGGGCACGAUAUUACAGCAGCAACAACAUUACAACAUCAGCAACAGUAUAAACAUCAUCAGCAACAACAAUCACCAUCAUCACAACAACAACGGUCACAGCAACAGCUUCCAAAACACACACAGCGGUGCCGGCAGCCAUGCCAACUCGUUCAACAACAACAUCAUUGGCGGCGGCAGCCAAUCUGUCACAUCAUCGUCACCCGUCUACCGACAGCCACGCGGACCAGACGGCACCAAGGGCUUCUCGGACGUCUACCGAUCGGCUCGCAAGGUGACCAGUCCUCCCCUGUCAUCCUCCCCAGUCAUGGGCUCAUAUGUUGCAUUCAACUAA